AUGUUGCUCGACUCAAUCAGCUCUCCCAGUGCUUAUUCUUCAAUAUUGUACACAAUUUUUGGAAUUUCACUCCCAAUUCACUUAUUUGGAGCGUACUGUGUUUUAUAUAAAACCCCAGUUCUCAUGAAAUCGGUAAAAUUGGCACUGUUCAAUCUAAACUUUUGGGCAGCCACCUUAGAUUUCUCAAUUACUCUAUUCAUGCAACCGUAUUACUGUACUCCGGCCAAUGCUGGGCUCUCACUUGGUCUCUGGAGUUGGACAAGUGUUCCCACAAUCGUUCCUGCUUUAGUGACCAUGUUGACAUUCCGACUCGUCCCAGUCUCAAUAAUCGCAAUGUUUGAGAAUCGAUAUUUCGUCUUGUUCGUCCGAAAAGGUGCCUGGCGCUAUGUCCGAUAUCCAUUUCUCAUUGCAAAUCACAUUCUUGCAAUUGCCUACUGCAUUUCAGUUUACUUCGACAUUCCAGUGGAUCAAGAGUAUUCAAGACGUCUGGUGUUUCAAAAAUUUCCCCAAGCUUGCGAAUUGGUCGCAUCCAAAUCUAUAAUAUUCGUGGUGUAUAUUGGCGAAGACUAUUGGGUGAACAUACGAGAGCCAUCUCUGAAUUUGAUGGUUAUGAUAGAAGUUUUAUUUUUUGCUGUACUGCUAAGAGUCAAAAUGAAGCAGGCUGUUAAAAUCAUCCAAUCGUCAGUUUCUCGUGAUACUCUAGAAAAGCAGAAGAAAUUCAUAAGAGCCUUGAACCUACAGAUCGCUAUUCCAAUGCUUAUAAUCUUCCUCCCAGCAACUUUUGCGGCAUUUUUGGGCGCUCAAAGUUCUAUUCAACAAGGUUUGGAUAACCUGCUCACCAUUAUCACUUCAUUUCACGGAGUAUCUGCUACGAUUUUGAUGAUUUAUCUACAGAAACCCUACCGAGACGCGUUUUUCGUAGUGUUUUGUAAUCGGAAAAAGCCGAUGGAACUUAAAGGGUCCGGAUAUUUUCACCUUCAAAGCUAUCUUGACGUUAUGUAA